CGGUGAAGCGUCUCUGCAGUGAUUUCAAGAUCUUACCUGGAUGUGAGUUUGACAGGCUCCACAAUGAGUGAGUGUGAGGAGCUGGAGGAUGGAGUCUUUACCUCCAAAGCUGCUCUGUUUGGGCAAAACGACGGCCAGACCAGAGUCAACGGUCAGGAGAACCAGAAGAAACCAGACUCUUCUGCACCCAGCGGGGUCUCCAUGAAGAGCGACGCAUCUAAACGUCAGCCGAUUAUGUUCCAGACUGGAGGCGACUCUGAUCAGCUGAUCCAAGAGAACCAGAAGAGACCAGACUCUCCUGCACCCAGCGGGGUCUCUAUGAAGAGCAACGAAUCUAAACGUCAGCCGAUUAUGUUCCAGACUGGAGGCGACUCUGAUCAGCUGAUCCAAGAGAACCAGAAGAGACCAGACUCUCCUGCACCCAGCCGGCUGUCCAUGAAGAGUGAUGAAUCUAAAGUCCACCCGAUUAUGUUCAAAGCUGGAGGCGACUCUGAUCAGCUGAGUGUUGCUCACACUCCUCCCGACAUCGACCAGAGGAGCUCAGAGUUUCUCAGCGAUCAGCAUGUGCUCCAGGAGGAAAUUAUUACCUUUGUGAAGAUUGAACUGAAGAAAUUCAAGAAAAGCCUGAGUCCAGAAUCUCGAAGGGGUUCAGAGAAGCUGAGAGAGGAUGAUGGAGCGACAGCUGGUGAAGAAGAGCCGGGGAGCAGCAGCAGAGAUGCAUUUCUGAAAAUCACGCUGAACUUCUUGAGGAAACAGAAACACGAGCAGCUGGCCGAGUCUCUGCAGAACCAAUCUUGUGCCGCAGUUUGUCAACGUAAAUUAAAAUCUACCCUGAGGAGGAAGUUUCAGUGUAUGUUUGAGGGGAUUGCCCAAGCAGGGAACCCAACGCUUCUGAAUCAGAUCUACACAGAGCUGCACAUCACUGAGGGUGACAGUAGAGAAGUCAACGAUCAACACGAGGUCCGACAGAUUGAAGCAGCAUCCAGGAAAGCAGAGGGAGCAGAAACAACCAUCAAACCAGAAGACAUCUUUAAAGGCUCAUCUGGAAGAGACAAACCAAUCAGAACAGUGAUGACAAAGGGAGUGGCUGGCAUCGGGAAAACAGUGCUAACACAGAAGUUCGCUUUGGACUGGGCUGAAAACAAAGCCAACCACAACAUACAGUUUAUCUUCCCAUUCACCUUCCGAGAAAUCAAUGUGCUGACAGCCAAGAACUACAGCUUGGUGGAGCUUCUACAUCACUUCUUCACUGACACCAAAGAAGCAGGAAUCUGCAGGUUUGAAGACUUCCAGGUUGUGUUCAUCUUUGACGGUCUGGAUGAGUGUCGCCUUCCUCUGGACUUCCACAACAAUGAGAUCCUGACUGAUGUGACAGAGUCCACCUCAGUGGAUGUGCUGCUGACGAACCUCAUCAGGGGGAAGCUGCUUCCCUCUGCUCGCCUCUGGAUAACCACAAGACCUGCAGCAGCCAAUCAGAUCCCUCCUGAGUGCGUGGACAUGGUGACAGAGGUCAGAGGGUUCACCGACCCACAGAAGGAGGAGUACUUCAGGAAGAGAUUCAGAGACGAGGAGCAGGUGAACAAGAUCGUCUCCCACAUGAAGACGUCACGAAACCUCCACAUCAUGUGUCACAUCCCAGUGUUCUGCUGGAUCACUGCUACAGUUCUGGACCACGUGUUGAAGAUCAAAGAGAAAGCAGAGCUGCCCAACACCCUGACGGAGAUGUACAUCCACUUUCUGCUGGUUCAGACCAAACAGGGUAAUGUAAAGUAUCACGGAAAAGCUAAGACAGAUCCCGUGUGGAACACAAAGACCAAGAAGAUCAUUCUUGCUUUGGGAAAACUGGCUUUUGAGCAGCUGCAGAAAGGACACCUGAUCUUCUGUGAAGCAGAUCUGAAAGAGUGUGGCAUUGACAUAAAAGCUGCCUCAGUCUACUCUGGACUGUUCACAGAGGUCUUCAAAGAAGAGCGAGGGUUGAACCAGGAGAGGGUGUUUUGCUUUGUCCAUCUGAGCAUUCAGGAGUUUCUGGCUGCACUUUACGUCUUCCUGAUGUUCAUCAACAAUGGUGUCGAUCUGCUGACGAGAAGAACGUUGUCACUGCGACUUGCAAGUAAAUUUAAACAACUCUACCGGAGGGCAGUGGACAAGGCUUUACAGAGUCCAAAUGGACACAUGGACCUGUUUGUUCGCUUCCUCCUGGGUCUUUCAUUAGAUACCAAUCAGACUCUCCUGAGAGGCCUGCUGAAGAACACAACAAGCAAUCCAAAGGUCAAAGACGUGUUAGUGCAGAACAUCAAGAAGAAGAUCAGGGAAAGUUCCUCUCCAGAGAGAAGCAUUAAUCUGUUUCACUGUCUGAGUGAGCUGAAGGACCACUCUCUAGUGGAGGAGAUCCAGCAGUACCUGAGAUCAGGAAGCGUCUCUGAGAACAGGCUCACUUCCUCUCAGUGGUCAGCGCUCGUCUUCAUCUUACUGUCGUCGCAAAAAGACUUGGACGUGUUUGACCUGAAGAAGAUCUGUGCGUCACAGGAGGGACUUCAGUGGCUGCUGCCAGUGAUCAAAGCAUCCAACACGUCUCUACUGAGCGGCUGUAACCUCUCAUGGAGAAGCUGUGAAGUUCUGGCUCCAGUUUUAACCUCCAGCAACUGCAGUCUGAGAGAGCUGGACCUGAGCAACAAUGACCUGUAUGAUAGAGGAGUGAAGCUGCUCUCAGUGGGACUCGAGAGUCCACAGUGUAGACUGGAGACUCUCAGGUUGUCAGGAUGUCGGAUCACAGAGGAGGGUUGUGCUUCGCUGGCUUCAGCUCUGAGCGCCAACCCCUCCCAUCUGAGAGAGCUGGACCUGAGCUUCAACCAUCCAGGAGACUCAGGACUGAAGUUGCUGUCUGAUGGUCUGCAGGACCCCAACUGGAAACUGGAAAUUCUCAAGACUGAUCAUUGUGGAAAGAUCAGACUGAAUCCAGCACCCCUCAGGUAUUUCUGUGAGCUCACACUGGACCCAAACACAGCAGACAGAAACCUCCAGCUAUCCAAAGACAACAAGGAGGUUCGAGUGGUGCAGGACAAGCAGCCGUAUCCUGAUCAUCCGGAGAGGUUCGACAGCUGGAAGCAGGUGCUGUGCAGCGAUGGUCUGACUGGACGCUGCUACUGGGAGGUCCAGUGGCGCGGACACGUUAGAAUUGGAGUAAGCUACCGAGGAAUCAGGAGGAAGGGCGGCAGCGAUGAAUGUGGUAUCGGAUGGAACCAUCAGUCCUGGAGUCUGUUCUGUUCGGCUCAGGGUUUCACCGCCUGGCACGGUGACACACCGACAGACAUUACAGCACAACCUGCUGGCUCUAACAGAGUAGCAGUGUAUCUGGACUGGCCGGCCGGUACUGUGUCCUUCUACUGUCUGCCCUCCAUAGUCUCCUCCAUCAAACGGAUCCACCUCCACACCUUCCACUGCACGUUCACCGAACCGCUCUACGCUGCGUUUGGGUUUGGACAAGCUCUGGAGUUGUUGUCGUUAUUAUCGUCCUCGGUGGUUCUGUCUCAGGUUGAAUGGUGAAUGUUGCCUUUUGUGCAGAAAACUGGUUCCUGCAGAAUGCACGAGGGUCCCACAAGUUUCAUUUGAAAUGUAUGAGUUUUCCAGUUGAGCAACAGUUUUUAAAUAGCGACUGUGAGAGGAUGUAAGUUGUGUAAAGCUGACUGACACCAACAGACAAAAACUGACUAACAGACCUGACAUCUGUACCGAGACACUAGACACGAAUUUAUUGCGCGAGUCACUUGAGUCGCGUGUAUUUGGACGCACGUAUGCACUGAGUUUACUUGCGUCAUUCGCACGAGUAAACUCGCUCCAUUCAUGUGUCAAAAAUUGCGUCAUUCGCAUGUCUACCAGGAAUUUCUGCCCGUUUCCUGCCAUUUUCCAGUGUGGUAUCAUCAAACAUGGUUGUGCUCGACAACAUGGCUGCUUGGUAUCUGCUGUGGAAGGCCUAGAAACGACGGCGAUCCAGACACCGCUGUGUCUGGGUCCAUCGGAUCCUCCAGAGACACACACAGCUCUGGGAAUUCCACCAGCUUCUCCAGGAGCUGCGCCUGGAUGACGGCCGCUUCCAGCGCGACUGACCUGGACCCAGUUUGACGACCUGUUGGAGAAGAUCGGUACCAGGAUAUCCCUCCAGGAUACCAGGAUACCGGGAUACGUCACCAGAGGAUCUCAACACUGAUUGGCCAUUGCAGCGCGAAUGCUUGCUUGAGUUUAGAUUUUUCAACUUGUGCGAAUGAAGUGUCCAACAUGAAUUUGUGUCAAUCACAUGUUUAACGCAACAAGAUUUGCGUCAUUCAUUCUGCUCCAUUCGCGUGAUGUAUACUGAUGUCUAAUUGUGUCUUCACAUUGACUUUACUUGUAAAUCAUUCAUGCAUCUGGUGUGAACACAGCGUUAGAUUUCUUUGGGCAUCAGAUACCGAGGUGUCCAUGAAUAUAGGCCUGAAUGUU